UAAAAGAGGAAGCGCGUGUCAGUGCCGGUGUGUGUGUGUGUGUGUGUGUGUGUGUGUUUUGAAGUUGGAGCUUUAUAGAGAGCUGAGCCCUCCCCGCAGAGUGUGUGUGUGUGUGUGUGUGUGUGUGUGUAAGUGAAUCUCGGCUGGAGCGAACAUGGCGGAGCGGAGCGGGAUGCAUUCAAGCGCCGAAGGAAAGUUGCUGUUUUAAGCCGAGCCCGCAUCGCUGUAUCUGCUCUGAUCGCCGACGUUUAAGCGGUGACGCCUGGUCGGAAGUUCCCUUAAGAGCAAAGGCAGGUGCUGUGCAUCCUUAGCUUCUUCAAUGUAUCUAUUGUUCAAACAGACAAGUGACCCACCAAAGAAAUACAGAUGAAAAAGAAACAUACAUCCCAUGUACUGAUCUGUCGACAUCUGGAGCAUUUUCAUAAACCUGUUUUCUGUAUCCAGAGAAAAAGAAAGGAGGAGCGGCGAGCCUGUCGCUAGCUAUGGGUGCCAUGGUCACCUAGACGCAAUGGCGGUGUCUUAGGCCAACGCUGGUUGUUCCUCUUCUUCAAGAUCUUUAGGUGCUUUCCCUGCAAUCCUGGCACUGAUGGCCAUGGUUGGUGUGAGGAUGUUGACUCGCGCUGUGCGCCAGCAGGGCCUCCACCGCCUGGUUCUGGCUCUUAUACUCUUCUGCCUGCUUUCCAUGGCUUACCUGGCCUACCAUGUCAGUGGUGGCCCUAAGAUCAAGGAAGCUCCUCCUUUGCCACUGGGAGAAUGUGUGACUGCAGCUCCUAUCACUGUUAGCCAGCGGGUUCCUCUGUUCCUGCCGUCCGAGCUGAGGCAUCGGUGGCAGGCAUCAAGGAAGCUAGACACUACACGCAUUGAACCUGUGGUGCUGCUGUUCAUAGAGAGCGUUUACUCCCAGUUGGGCCAGGAGAUUGUAGCCAUCUUGGAGUCUAGCCGCUUCAGGUACCACACUGAAAUUGCUCCGAGUAAAGGUGACAUGCCUGCGUUGGCCUGGCGGGGCAAAGGCAGAUAUGCUUUAAUCAUUUAUGAAAAUCUGCUCAAGUAUGUCAACCUGGACUCCUGGAACCGGCAGCUGUUGGAUAAGUACUGCCAAGACUAUGGUGUUGGAAUAAUUGGUUUCUACCGUGCCAAUGAAAACUCUCCAUCUAACGCCCAGCUCAGAGGAUUCCCACUUUUCCUCCGCUCCAACCUUCCACUGUGGGACUAUCGGAUCAACCCGGCUGCUCCUCUACUCUACAUCACCCGGCCCAGUGAACUAGAACCUGGCCCUCUCCCUGCUGAUAACUGGACCACCUUCUCGUCAAACCACAGCACCUAUGAACCUGUACUUCUGGCCAGCCCCAGGCCUGCUGAGCUGUCAACACAUUCCAUUCUGCAGCGUGUGCUGUUAGCUACUGUAAUACAAGACCUGGGUCUUCAUGACGGGAUUCAGCGUGUGCUCUUUGGUGCAAGUCUGUCAUUCUGGCUGCACAAACUGCUGUUUGUAGAUGCGGUUGGCUUUUUGACAGGCAGGAGGCUGAGCCUAUCACUGGACAGAUUCCUGCUUGUAGAUGUGGAUGACAUCUUUGUUGGGAAGGAAGGGACACGCAUGAAGGUGGCCGAUGUUGAGGCUCUUCUUCACACCCAGACCAAACUCCGUGCUCUGGUCCCCAAUUUCACAUUCAACCUGGGCUUCUCCGGAAAGUUCUUCCAUACAGGUACGGAUGAGGAGGAUGAGGGUGACAACACCUUGCUCAGGCACAGGCAGGAGUUCUGGUGGUUUCCUCACAUGUGGAGUCACAUGCAGCCACACCUCUUUCAUAACGUCAGCGUACUUGCAGAUCAGAUGAAACUUAAUAAGCAGUUCGCUCAGGAACACGGCAUCCCCACGGACAUGGGCUAUGCUGUGGCCCCCCACCACUCGGGUGUUUACCCAGUACACAGCCAGCUAUACCAGGCCUGGAAGAGUGUGUGGGGCAUUUCAGUGACCAGUACAGAGGAAUAUCCUCACCUCAGACCUGCUCGCUUCCGAAGGGGCUUCAUUCACAGCGGCAUAAAGGUUCUCCCACGGCAGACAUGUGGGCUCUUUACACACACUAUCUUCUAUAAGGAUUACCCAGGAGGCCCUCAGGAACUGGACAAAAGCAUUCGGGGUGGAGAGCUGUUCCUUACUGUGCUUCUCAAUCCGGUCAGUAUUUUUAUGACACACCUGUCUAACUACGGUAACGAUCGUCUGGGUCUGUACACUUUUGAGUCUCUGGUCAAGUUUGUGCAAUGCUGGACUCGCCUGCGCUUACAAACUCUGCCACCAGUGCGGCUGGCUGAGAAAUACUUCCACAUCUUCCCUGAUGAGAGAGACCCCCUGUGGCAGAAUCCUUGUCAUGAUAAGAGGCAUAAAGACAUCUGGUCAAAAGAAAAGACCUGUGAUAGACUGCCCAAGUUUCUGGUUAUUGGGCCUCAGAAGACAGGGUCAACUGCUCUACAUGCGUUUCUUUCCCUCCAUCCUGCCAUCACUGCCAGUUCAUUCAGCCCUGUCACCUUUGAGGAGGUGCACUUCUUCAGUGGACCAAACUACCUGCGUGGAAUUGACUGGUACAUGGACUUUUUCCCAGUGCCCUCUAAUGUGAGCACAGACUUUCUAUUUGAGAAGAGUGCUAAUUACUUUGACACCGACGCUGUCCCAAAGAGAGCCGCAGCACUGCUGCCCAGAGCCAAAAUCAUAACCAUCCUCAUCAACCCAGCUGAUAGAGCAUACUCCUGGUACCAGCAUCAGAGGGCUCACCAGGAUCCUGUGGCUCUGAACUACACAUUCCAGCAGGUGAUCUCUGCAGGUUCUUCCUCUCCUGCUGCGCUGCUCACUCUGCAGCGCCGCUGCCUGCAGCCGGGAUACUACAGCAGCCAUUUAGAGCACUGGCUCCAUUACUAUCAGCCCAGUCAGCUUUUGAUUGUUGAUGGACUCCAGUUGCGGGCCAAGCCGGUGCAGGUGAUGGAUAGUGUGCAGAAGUUUCUGGGUGUUACACCAUUCUUCAACUAUACUCAGGCACUCACGUUUGACGAGAGUAAAGGCUUCUGGUGUCAGAGAAUGGACGCAGGCCGAACGCGCUGCCUGGGCAAGAGCAAAGGCAGGAAAUACCCUGAUAUGAGCCCCGAGUCGCGGACCUUUCUGACGGAGCAUUACAGAGAGCAGAACAUGGAGCUGUUGAGACUGUUGAAGCGCCUGGGACAGCCUCUGCCCAGCUGGCUCCAAGACGAGCUCCACAACGCCAGCUGGAGCUGACACCGAGAAGCACCAUGAGGAAUAGAAGCCCAUAUCGAACCCUGCUCCACACCGGAGGCACGCAGGGCCGUGGCACUGCAGGACAGAGGACAUUCACUUCUCCCCGUGUCCCAACACACACACACUGCAGGUCCAACCAGGACAAGUGGACGCACCUGCUGUGUAUGAUAGAGCUCGAGCCCGGCUUUACAGAGAGCUGAGAAUCAGAGUUUGUACAUUUUGAGGAGGACUGGACGCGUAUUUAAUUGGCAAGAUAAAGACAUAAGAGCUAGUUAGUUGCAUUUUAGAUAACUGACAGAUGAGCUCAUUAUUGACAUUGUGGGAAAUGGUGUUUCACAAUGUAUCCUUCAGCUAAUGAGUUGAAUGCACAGGGUCUCAGAAAGGUUAGAAACACUUAGCUAAGUGGAUGUGAAGAAAUUCACAGGCUGGUCAUGGUGAGCUUUUUAAAUUCUGCCAAGCAGAGACGUAUUUGGGUAUGUCAUCACCUAAGAUUUCCGACAUUUGCUGAUGUUUAAAAUUGUCUCGGUUUCUAAAUGUCAGAAUGAGAUUCUGGCUGUUUCACUAUCAGCUUCAUACCACUGAACUAAAACAUUCCAGGGCCAGAGUAGAUGGCCAUUGCACUUUUCAACAUAUUCGUUUUUAUAUCGGAUUUUCAAAAGAAAUGAAGUAGGAAUGUUUAAACUCGAAACUGAGUUGAGUUUUGGGAUGAGUGAGUGAUUGGCUAGCACAUUUCCCAGACUGAUCACAGGUCACAGGCAGCUGCACUACCAACUCGAUCACAUGAAGAAUGUGGAACCCGUGCUGAUGACCAGAUAUGGUUUUGUUCCAGUGUUUAAUGUAAUGAGGUCAGCAGUGUUUCCGACAUGACUUGCCAUCUCUAUCCGUGCCAAACUAAACUGCUGGACUCAAGUGAGGAAACGUUGCCAAAAAAACAGAUGUGUUGUGACUGAGAGACUUGCCAAUGAGGGCGUGUGUGUGUGCGUGUGUGUAUGAUUGUGUUUGUGCAUAUAAGUGAAAGUUGAAGUGGCUGUACUGUACAUCAACUAGUAUAUUCUGUUGUCUUCUUUGGUCAACUUGAAAUCAGGUAAAAACGCACAUCUGCAAAUAAAUGCACAAGAUAAAGGCACUCGGUUGUGUCGGCUUCCAGUUCCUCCUGUUUCGUGAGUGAAAGGAGACUGAAUGUGUUAUCGUUUCUGUCACUUGUUUCAUCAGAUGUUGGGAGGAGUGUGGAGACGAAACGGUUUGAUUAAUCGCUUGCCGAAACGAGAGACUCGGCCUCCAUUUCAGGGCUCUGGGGUCUAAGGCAGCAAGAACGGCCCUUAAAUAAGUCUGCUCUGUUCCUCUGGGAGCCUCAGACAGUACACUGUGUGCUGGCAGGUAGACGGAGGAAAUGUGUGAUAGAGAGAGAGAAGCAAAGACAGAGAGAGAUGGACAGAGCGAGAGAGAGAGGGGAAAUAGUGUGUGUGUGUGUAUGUGUGCCUGUAUGUGUGAGUGGGGAGGCAAGUGUGUGUGUGUGUGAGAGAGAGAGGGAAUACUUUAGACAGCAAGACUCUCUUCUUGGGCAGACGAAAGCUGUCUCACUGCCACAUACUUAAAAUAAAUGUGUUGUGAAAGUCCAUUCAUUGAUCUGUAAACACCAAUAUUUCAGUUCCUUAAUGUUCUUGUUAUUGAAAACCACUUGGCAGUAAAUGCUGAAAUAAUCUUUUUAUUUGACACAUACAGCUUUAAUAAUUGCAAAACUCCAAUCGAGCAAUCAGACAAGCAUUCAGUGGGUGUCAGUUCAUGGUUUUAUUAAAUGUAUGAUCAUGCAAAAUCCAGCAUUCAUAUACGUAGCCCAAUAGUAUACCAUUACAAUGCAAUAGAUUUACUCAGAAUGAGGGGAGCAUACAAAGCUGAGUUGUUGGUUCCUUUUUUUGUUACUUUUUUGUUUUAAAAAUGAUUUUUAAAUAUGGAACAUCACCUAUUCAUCAUCUCCAGAUGGAGGGAUUUUCAUGUCAGAGAUGCAACAAGAACAAAUUUUUUUUUUUUCCCAUUUUUAAAAUCACACAGCGGAGAAAAAGAUUCACCAAGAAAAGAGAACAUGCAUAAUCAUCAUAUUCAUUAAGCUGCAUAUUUGGACUUGCCUUGGAUUGGAUAGGAAAGCCAGAAGGUGCUGGCUCAGGGUUCUGUUCCCAGCUUUAGGAGGAGGGACCUCUGUUCUAGAAAUCUAUCUAGUCUAUCUAUCAGUUAAUUGAGUGUCCUCAAUAAAUUUUUUUUUUUUUGUAAUCCAUUUUCAUUUCAGUUCUACAGAGUUAAAGUAACUGACAUCGUACAGAAAAAUAACCUCGCAACUGGUUUAAAAAAAUAAUAAUAUCAUAAUAAUUCAAAUAAAAAUGAACUUGCCCAAGCGUGGAAGCAGUUCUCCCAAAAAACAAAGAAAAACCAAGUGUCACUAAGAGGGCUUUGUGAUGAAGGUGACACACACAUACACACUCACACGUGCAGAGUUACAGUGCUGAUAUGUACCAAAGCCCUAUACAUGUAUAUACACAGACUGAGAACUCUUCCAUUAUAGAAAAUACACGAUCAGCGAGUGGGAUGGAUUUGUUUCAGAAAACUUGUACAACACACAGCUGCUUAAGAACAUCCUACUCAGAGCUAGUGCAUGAACUGGAGUGUGGUGAAAAGGAUAUAUAUAUAUAUAUAUAUAUAUAUAUAUUUAUUUUA